UGGUUGGGCGGGUCAACGUAUUUCUGGCUUGUUGUUUUGAAGGCCUACGGGAAGAGGAGAGGGGUUAAAACAAAACGAGUUAAAGAUGGCGGAAAUCGAAGGAGAUGAGACUGCUCGGCCCGCUUCUCCGUCACUGUUACCCGCAGCAGCGUCCCGCGUUGACGGAUCGGGGAUGGUCGGUUCUGGAAGCCAAAGCCAGACCCCGACCCUGGUGACUUCGGGUCCGCGCGUGGUUCGGAUAGUAAAGUCGGAAUCGGGUUACGGAUUCAACGUCCGAGGACAAGUGAGCGAAGGCGGCCAGCUGCGGAGCAUUAACGGGGAGCUGUACGCUCCUCUCCAGCAUGUUAGCGCCGUGCUCCCCGGGGGUGCGGCGGACCGGGCCGGUAUAGUGAAAGGAGACCGAAUACUAGAAGUUAACCGGGUGAGCGUGGAGGGGGCGACUCAUAAGCAGGUGGUGGAUCUGAUCAGGGCUGGCGAGAGGGAGCUGGUGUUGACCGUGCUCUCUGUGCCGGCACAGGAAGCGGACGGACUUGAUGGCGGCGAGGAAAGCACUUUGCAGCCCACUUACGACUACAGCGACAAGCAGGCCGUCCCCAUUUCAAUCCCCACAUACAAACAUGUGGAACAGCACUCGGAGAAGUUUGUGGUGUAUAACGUGUACAUGUCGGGCAGACAGCUGUGCUCGAAGCGUUACCGGGAGUUCGCAAUACUUCAUCAGAACCUGAAGAGAGAGUUCUCCAACUACAAUUUCCCAAAGCUGCCAGGGAAAUGGCCCUUUUCUCUGUCUGAACCACAGCUGGAUGCUCGCAGGAGAGGCUUGGAGGAAUACCUGGAGAGAGUGUGCUCAGUGCGGGUCAUCGGUGAGAGUGACAUCAUGCAAGAAUUCCUGUCUGAAUCAAAUGAGAACCACAACGGGAUAACUGAUGUGGAGCUCCGGAUAGCGCUGCCUGAUAAAACCACAGCCUCAGUGAGAGUCCGAAAGAAUAGCACCACUGACCAGGUUUACCAGGCUCUUGUCGUGAAGGUUGGAAUGGACAGCAUCAUGGCCAGUUACUUUGCUCUCUUUGAAGUUAUUAACCAAUCGUUUGUGCGCAAAUUGGCUCCUAAUGAGUUCCCGCACAAGCUGUAUGUUCAGAACUACACAUCAGCUGUCCCCGGGACGUGUCUCACGAUGCGGAAGUGGCUCUUCAGCACACAGGAAGAGGAACUGCUGCAGGACAACCCUCUCGCUCUGCACUACUGCUUCCAUCAGGCACAGGAUGAUGUUAAGAAGGGAUUCAUUAAAGCGGAGGAUAAGGCAUACCAGCUGCAAAAACUAGCAGAACAGAGGAAAAUGACAACGUAUCUGAGUCUUUUGCGAUCAUGUGAGGGAUAUAACGAGAUGAUGUUCCCUCACUGUGCAUGUGACUCACGGAGGAAAGGUCAUGUGAUCACAGCCAUCAGCAUGAAGCAUUUCAAACUGCACGCCUGCACAGAGGACGGCACUCUUGAGAAUCAGGUGAUCAUGUUCGAAUGGUCAGAGAUGCAAAGAUGGGACACAGAUGAAGAGGGUAUGGCCUUCUGCUUUGAAUAUGUGCGCGGAGAAAAGAAACCUCGCUGGGUCAAAAUAUUCACUCCUUAUUUUAACUACAUGCACGAGUGCUUUGAGAGGAUUUUCUGUGAGCUUAAAUGGAAGAAAGAGGUUGAAGACGAGGCUUCAGACAAAGGCAAUAAGAACUGUAGUAAUAAUGAUUACCUCUCGCCGCUGGAGCAACAGAAGGGAUGGCGCCACCUAGGGGACGAGAUUGCCACUUCCUAAAACUCUUGUCUAGAGCCUGUGGAUCAUCACACUAGAGCAGACCACCAGAACGACCACGUGACCACAGCAACACCCCAGCGACGCCACAACAACCAUGUUUCCACGGAGACAAAAGUGUGCCUUUCAGAUGCAGAGCAUUCCAUAUGGCAACCACGGCAACGCAAAAUGCCAUCAUCGUGGCAGAGCAGACACAUAACAAUCGCUGCGGGGAUGUUUUGCACCAAUGGGUUCUGCUGUCAUUUCAUCAGUAGAUACUUUGAACUCACAUAAGUACAUGUAAAAUACCACAUAGGACCAGACCUUAAGAUCUUCCAUGCUGUCAGUUUAGGAGACACGCUCUUCUGAAAGUCUACUGGCUGGAUUUUGGAGAGCAUUAGCUAAAGUCGAGCACUGUUAUCAGGGCAGCGUAGUAACAAAAGACCACUUUGUGAUUUGAACAGCAGCCGCUAUCACAAUUGCUAAAAAAUUGUUAUAUAUGGGAAGGGGACGUCAUGCCUUAACAAAAAUUUAUUUGUGUAGCAAACAAUUAAUAUGGGAUCUCUCUAAAAUCAUAUUGUGAUGGCAUGAUUGCUUGGUUUUCCCAGUAUAACUGACUAAAAUGGGCUCUUUCUUCUUACUUCCCAUUAAAUGAGGAGUUAAGUGUGUGUGUGUGUGUGUGUGUGUGAGAGAGAGAGAGAGAGAUUGUGUGAUUAAGAAGUGAAAGACAGGUGUGGUUUGCAUAAGUGACCUGUAGGGGGCAUCAAACACACAAGCAGCUGCGCUCAGGAUAAUGUUGGACUUGAGUUGAGUUUAUUUGCUAGUCUCAGAGGGAACAUCAUCAAGUCUUCGUCUGAGUUGGUUUUCAUGUUAUUUAUUGUUGGAGACUGCAGAGGCUUGCCUUGCUCAGUCAGAGAGAGACAACACAAUAAGGGGCAGUUUGAACAGUGCUUCUUUUCUUAUGGGGUUUCAGGAAGAACUGAUCGACAGAAGGCAAUUGCUUUUUUAAAUUCCCCACCGAGUGCUAAAAUAACAGUCUUUUCGAAAGUGGUCUGUUUGCCAUUUUUCUUUUUGUAACUCGUAAGCUGUUUUUUUACACGUAAGCAGAGAACCAUAGCUUAAAAUUUUGGUGGACCCCGCUUAUCACAGGAACAGGCACAAUUUUUCCAUUUCCUUAAAAGAAUAAUUCACCCAAAAUGAAAAUUAGCUGAAGAUGUACUCGCCCUCAUUUUCUUCAGAGGAAGAUAUAUGGGAAAAUUUUGAAUGACAUCACUUGCUUUUCACUUCACAAGACAUUAACUGAUGGACGUUAAUUGAUGCAUCCAUUCAUUGCUGAGAAUCCACUGGUGAGGAAGUGAUGUAAUCCUGAAUUUCUCCAGUUCUGUUCUGAUGAAGAAACAAACUCCUCUACAUCUCAGAUGACCUGAAAGUAAACAAAUACUCAGCAAAUUUUCAUUUUAGGGUGAACUUUUCCUUUAACAGACAUGCAUGUUUAAUGCAAGUCAAAAGCUUUCCAUUCCAGCACAAUACUGCGAUUAAAUCAGCUUAUCGUCAUCCAAAUGCUUAAGCCGCCUUGGCUACGAUACCCUGAUCAAUAAGUGAGUUUGUAAUGUAUGUGUGUGUGUGUGUGUGUGUGUGUUCUACAUCAGAUUGCUCUCUGGGGAGAGUAAAGGCUCCUAUUAUAGCAGCACAGUAGCAUCUGUGGUCUAAGCAUAUUUACAAAAACUUAAUUGGUGUCUUCAGUCCUGAUUAUUUCCGUGUUUGAUGAGUUCAGGCAGUUUAUCAAUGUGAAUGAAGAAAAGGAAAAAAAAGUAAGACCUGUGUGUAUUUUGGUUGUGUAAUUUGUCUUUUCGUCAGGAGUGCAGGUGCGACACUUUUUGUAUUGUUCGGAAAAUGUCAAAAGUGUUCCACCUCGUAAUGUUCACCAGCGCUAUAAAAUAAUAACUGUUUGGUCAGUGUUUCUUAUUUUGUGUCAGUGUGCCAGGGGAAAAAAACUAUAUGAAUGUACCAGAAUGUAUUUAUAACAUGGAUGAUUAUUAAAGAUUUCUUUUGUUAUUAACUUGAACUGCAACCAUUUAAGAUCAUCAUAACGCUUCAGUUUAAAACUUAAGACACUAACCUACUCUUAACCUCCCAUCGAGUGCUUUCUUUACUUUUAGGCCCACAUUGAAAGUAUUAUUAAUGUUUUUCCCAAAAACCAGUGUGUUGGGACUAUUACUGAUCAAGUUUAACUGCAAUUUGUCUGUGUUCUGCGCUUCAUCUGUAAAUUUGACUGCUUAAGUCUAGUGCUGACAGAGUCUUUGUAGCUCUUCUGACUGAAAACAUUAAGUUAUUUUUUCUGCUAAAUCAAGGGGUCUGAAGCAAGGCCUUUGCUGUGGUGGGUUUCGGCAAGGGCUUUGUAUGGAAAAAGAUAUUUCAUGUAGCCUAGAUAAUGGCGUAAGUUAACAAUAAUAUUGGGAUACAAUAGUUUUAUAUUUGAAAAGUGUGAAGGUAAAAUUGACCAGAGUUAUAAAACGCAAAAAAGCUUUGAGAAUGUCAUGUAGGUUGAAACAUUGUAACAUACUAUUUUAAAUAAAGUGACCUAUUGAAAAAAAUAAAAUAAAA